UCCAUAAGUUUUCCUUCCCGUGUCUCUCCCGCCUCCUUUCGCUGCGGGCCAAUGGCAGCGCGCGAGGCGGAGUGCCCCCGGCAGUGGCGCUGGGCGGCAGUGAUGGACUCCGACGUGCUACGGGCCCUGCUCAAUUAUUACUGCCAAGAAGGCUAUUUCCAGCACGUCCGAGCUGUGGCGGAGGAGGCGCUGGGGCGGCUGGGCAACGAUCCUGUGUUCCUCUUCUACCGAGCCUACGGCACCCUGCGGACAGGUGACAUCCAAGAUGGUAUUCGACAGUUGGAGUCUAUUAAAAACAAACAGGAGGUGUCACUUUGUACCAUGAUGGCUCUGAUUUAUGCCCAUAAAAAGAGCCCUAAUCCAGAUCGAGAUGCUAUUCUAGAGUUGGAUGCAAAAAUGAAAGAACAACGUAAAAUAGCAGGACAGCAGGCUCUGUACUUCGCUGGCUUGUUUUUGUGGCAUCUUGGUCGUGAGGAUAAAGCCCGUGAAUAUGUUGACAGAAUGAUCAAAGUUUCUGGUGGUUGUAAAGAGGGGCUGAUUUUGAAAGCAUGGCUUGAUAUCACCUGCGGGAAAGAAACUCACGUGAAAAAAGCUGUGAAGUAUUUUGAUGAAGCACUGCAGGAAGGCACUGAUGUUUUUGCUCUGUUUGGUAAAGCUCAGUAUUUUGAGGCCCGACAGAAUUAUUCAGGAGCUCUGGAAACUGUCAAUCAGAUAAUUGCAAACUUUCAAAGCUUCAUUCCUGCUUACAUCAAGAAAAUGAAGCUACAACUAGCCUUGCAGGACUGGGAGCAAGCAGUUGAAACAGCACAUAGGCUGUUGCAGAAAGAUGCUCUCAAUUUAGAAGCCAUAAGAAUGGAGGCCUUGCAUUAUCUGUGUAGGGAAGGAAAUGUAUCUGAGGCUUCGGCAAGACUGGGAGACCUAAUUAAAGCCCUGGAUAAGUUAGAACCAUCUAAUUCGCAGCUCUUCUGUAAAAUGGCUUUAGCUUUCAGUAGAACAUGUGGCCGGAACCAACUCAUCCUUCAACAUACACAAACAUUAGUUGAAAGAGCAUUUGAUUUGGCACCUGAUGAUGCAGAAUUUGCUACUGAACUUGGCUACCAAAUGAUCUUACAAGGGAAAGUGAAAGAAGCUUUAAAAUGGUACAACACUGCUAUGACACUUGAUGAAACAAGUGUUUCUGCACUAACUGGAAUUAUCCGUUGUCAGCUAAUACAAGGCCAAUUGGAAGACGCAGAGCAGCAGCUGGAGUUUCUUAAUGAAAUACAACAGUCUAUUGGGAAAACUGGGGAGUUAUCUUUCUUGCAUGCAGUCCUAGCUAUGAGAAAACAUAAGAGACAAGAAGUUAUGGCCUUAUUGAAUGAUGUCCUGGAUACCCACUUUUCAUCUUUACAUUGUUUUCCCCUUGGUGUGGAAUAUUUUGAAAAACUAAACCCUGAUUUCUUGCUAGAAAUCAUUAGGGAAUAUCUUAACUUCUGCCCAGCACAGCCUGUGAGUCGUGGGCAGUCUCCUUCACCACUUCUCAAGCACUGUGCUUCUGUUCUUGAAACUGUGGUAAAAACUGUGCCUGGUCUUCAUCAAGCCAUCUUUUUAAUUGCAAAAGUGAAAUACUUGUCAGGGGAUAUUGAAGCAGCCCAUAGUAGUCUACAUUACUGUCUUGAAAAGAAUCCUUCUUACGCAGAUGCACAUUUACUGAUGGCCCAGGUGUAUUUGGCUCAAAACAAUACUAAACUAUGUUCUCAAUCCUUGGAACUUUGUUUGAGCUACAAUUUUGAGGUGAGGGAGCAUCCUGUUUAUCACUUAAUUAAGGCCCAAACCCAGAAGAAGAUGGGAGAAUUAUCAGAAGCUAUUAAAACCUUACAGAUGGCAAAGAAUUUGCCUGGCAUGAGAAAAACUACAGCUUCUUCAAAAAUGAAAGGAAAAAAGAUUGAAAUUGAUGCAAGUGAUCGUGUGUCUGUAUUCCUAGAGUUAGUAGAAGCUCACCGUUUGAACGGAGAACCGCAUGAAGCUGCUAUAAUACUGCAAGAUGCUCUUAAUGAAUUUUCUGGAACUCCUGAGGAACUAAGAGUCGUGAUUGCAAAUGCAGAUCUGGCAAUUGCUCAAGGGGAUGUUGAACAAGCCUUGACUAUGCUCCGAAAUAUUAUACCUGAACAGCCUUACUUUAUACAAGCUAAAGAAAAAAUGGCAGAUAUUUACCUUCAGUACAGAAAAGAUAAGAAGUUAUAUGCUGCCUGCUACAGAGACCUGGUAGAAAAACUGCCAAGUGCUCAUACUUUUCUUCUUCUUGGUGAUGCAUACAUGAAUAUUCAAGAGCCUGAUGAAGCCAUAGAAGUCUAUGAGCAGGCCUUGAAGAAAAAUCCAAAGGAUCCACUUUUAGCAAGUAAAAUUGGAAAAGCUCUAAUCAAAACACAUAACUAUUCAAAGUCACUGGUAUUGAAACAACAAACAGUAAAUGUGCCUGGGAAACCACGUGAGAGAAAUGGCUCUCUGCUUUGUUUCAGUGGCAUCUCUUCCGCAAUCAGUUACUAUGAGGCUGCAUUGAGAAGUGGUCAACAGAAUUUCCUUUGCUAUGAUUUGGCUGAGCUUUUAAUGAAACUGAAGCAGUAUGAAAGGGCAGAAAAAGUACUUCAGCAGGCUUUAAAUCAUGAUCCAGUUAAUGAACUGACUUCUCUGAUGGAAGAUGGACGUUACCAGGUCCUUCUGGCAAAAAUAUACAGUAAAAUGGAGAAGAUUGAUGAAGCUAUUGUUUCAUUACAACAGGCUCAGGAAUUACAAGCCAGAGUGCUUAAACGGGCUCAGAUGGAACAGCUGGAUGCAGUUCCUGUACAGAAACAGUUAGCAGCUGAAAUUUGUGCUGAGAUUGCAAAACAUUGUACAGCCCAGCGAAACUAUGAAAAAGCAAUUAAAUUUUAUAAGGAAGCUCUUGUUCACUGUGAAACCGAUAAGAAGGCAAUGUUGGAACUUGCACGUCUAUAUCUUGCACAAGAUGAUACUGAUGCCUGUCAAUAUCAGUGUUCCUUACUGCUGAAGAAUGACCAAGAUAAUGAAGCAGCAACGAUGAUGAUGGCUGAUCUCAUGUUCAGGAAGCAAGAUUAUGAACAAGCUGUCUUUCAUUUCCAGCAGCUCCUAGAACGCAAGCCAGAUAACUAUGCAACCCUCUCACAAUUGAUUGAUCUGUUAAGAAGAGCUGGGAAACUAGAAGAAGUCCCAAGAUUUCUAUUAAUGGCUGAAAAACAUUCUUCCAGAACAAAGCUUGAACCAGGAUUCCACUACUGCAAAGGAUUAUAUCUUUGGUAUACAGGUGAACCAAAUGAUGCGCUCCGGCAUUUUAAUAAAGCUCGAAAGGACAAUGACUGGGGACAGAAUGCAGUCUACAACAUGAUUGAAAUUUGUUUGAACCCAGAUAAUGAAACUAUGGGUGGUGAAGUCUUUGAAAAUCUGGAUGCUGACAUAGGUAAUUCAACAGAGAAGCAAGAGUCUGCACGGUUGGCUGUAAGAACAGCAGAAAAUCUUCUAAAGGAGCUCAAGCCUCAGACCAUUCAGGGUCACAUUCAACUGCGAAUCAUGGAAAAUUAUUGUCUCAUGGCAACCAAACAAAAAGCAAGUGUUGAACGAGCGCUGAACACUUUCACUGAAAUAGUAGUGGCUGAGAAAGAUCACAUACCAGCAAUUUUGGGAAUGGCCACAGCCUACAUGAUCUUGAAACAGACUCCACGGGCCAGAAAUCAGUUAAAACGGAUUGCAAAAAUGAGCUGGAAUCCCAUUGAUGCAGAGGAAUUUGAAAAGAGUUGGCUUCUGCUUGCAGAUAUAUAUAUCCAGUCUGCAAAAUAUGAUAUGGCAGGUGAAUUAUUAAAACGAUGCCUUCGUCAUAACAGGUCAUGCUGCAAAGCUUACGAAUACAUGGGAUACAUAAUGGAAAAAGAACAAGCAUAUAAGGAUGCGGCAAUAAAUUAUGAGAUGGCCUGGAAAUAUGGAAACCAAACAAAUCCAACAAUAGGAUACAAGCUGGCUUUCAAUUAUCUGAAAGGAAAGAGAUAUGUUGAUGCAAUUGAUGUUUGUCAUAAGGUCCUUAAAGCACAUCCAAACUAUCCAAAGAUCAGAAAGGAAAUACUUGACAAGGCCCGUACAUCACUAAGAACGUGAAUGCUUCUUUAUACAGUUCAUGGGCUUUUUUGUUUAAUCUGACUUCAGAAACUACGAUAAUGAAAUACUGCAGUGACAGAGACCAUAUCAGCACAAAAGUAUUGCACGUGUUAUUAACUUAAUUAUACUAGAGAUCUGGAUUGUUUUCAAGAAAAAAAUGCAGCCCUGAAAGAAGUUGCAUGUGUUCUCAUUCAGGAGAGAGAGUACUGCUUACAUGUGUGCUAUGUAAAGUGUCAUCCGGCAUCAUAAAAAAGUGUCAUCAGCAUUAUAAAAAUGUUUAUAUAACUCAGUGUUUUAGUUUGUCCAUUUGAAAUAGCACUCAAAACAGCAGCGUGUCCUAUCUACUGCAAGUGCAUUGUUAAGAUCCAGGAUUUCAGUUUGUGUAAACCAUAUAUUCAUAUAUACAAUGUAGUUUUUAUUACUACAAGUGUAUUUCUAAAGGAUGCUUUUUUCAUUUCUACAUAUACUAUAAGAACACUUUUGGUUUUGAAGAUUAAAAAAAUACUAUAUGUAGCAUUCUCAAUGAAAUGUGCAUUUGUAAUGAAGAUCUGUUAUUAAAAAUUUAAAUCUUGUGUAAAUAUUUAGUAAAGGGUUUCAUAGGUGAUACAAGUCCUACACAGAAUUCAUUUUCUACUCAUGCUAUUAUCCACCUAUCAGAUUUCCAUUAAGAGUAAUAUUCAACGUUUUUAAUUUAGAAUGCUUACUUCUUCAACAUUUUAUGUGUACCUAGUACAGUCAUAUGUGCAGAACUUAGCACUGAUUUUGUUUAAUCCGUGUAAAACACCUUUCUGGAUAAAUUGUUUUGUUUACAGAGGAUUAUGAUCUUGUCUCACAUACAGAACAAACCUGUGGACCUUUAAGGAAGCAAUUAAAUGUCAUGAAUGAAUGAGUGGAAGAAGGAGGAUCAGGGGUUUUGUCAGUGAUGCAGAAUUUUUUAAAAAACAGAUGCCUAACAUUCAUUUGAUUUUGGGGUUUCUUUUUUACAACAGCUGAAUGCUAAGGCUACAAAGGGGAGCCUGUUUGCAGUCGUAUCUAAUCUUGCUUAUAGAAUCAUAGACUCAUAGUAUCACUAGGUUCGAAGGGACCCACUGGAUCAUUGAGUCCAAUCAUUCCUAACACUCCCUAAACCAUGCCCCUCAGCAGCUCAUCCACCCACCCCUUAAACACCUCCAGGGA